AAGGAACUCAAAAUUUACAACUCUUCAUUCAAAUUUGGUGGUUCCAACUUUAAAAUAGUAUAAUAAAAUAUUGUGAUUAAUUUCAAAGAAGUAAAAAUGAUGAAAUUUAUUUUAUUCUGUGGAUUUAUUGCUGUUAUUUCAGCACAUCAUCACUUUCAUCAAAAAACUCCUGCUGAAAUUAAAACUGCUAGAGAAGACUGUUGGAAAGAAUUGAAUUUGAGUGAAGAACAAGUAGAAUCAAUGAAAAAGUACGAAUAUCCUGAUGAAGUUGCAAUUCAUAAUGCAGUUAAAUGUACCGGUUUGAAAUUAGAUUUAUGGUGUGAACAUGAAGGAUUCCAUAAGGAAGAUUUAAUUGUACAAUUCGGAGAGGCAGCAACACCCGUGAUCAACAAAUGUUUGACAAAACGAAACGAAGAUGAUACAUUAGAAAAAUGGGCUUGGCACGAUUGGAAAUGUUUAGCUGAAAAUGGAUUAAAAGAACACUUUAAAAAACUUGAAGCUUAAAAUGUUGUGUUCUUUUUUUAAAAUUUAAAAGACUGAUAUUUUAAAAAUUAAAUGAUGGAGCUGAUACUCUCAUAUUUACUUUUUAGAAAUGUUCAUAAAAAAUCAAUAAAA